AUGGGGAGGCUACAUUUUUAUAUGCUUGAGCACAUGUUAAGAAAUGGAAUGAAUGAAACGGCGGAGGUAUUUUGUAGAGAGGCCGACAUCAGAGAGCCCCCUUCUUGGUUAAACUUGCCCGAUGGAUUUCUAUCGAAUUUGUGGGGUGAAUUUUGGGACUCUCAUACAUGGGAGCAUGACCGAGGCAAUGAGACUACGGAAGAGGAAUCUUAUUCUCAGCCCGAGGCUCAGGCUCAAUCCCAGGAUGAGGCGGUUACCGUUGCUGCCCAUGGCUAUGUUCAUGCUCGAGCUCAACCGCAAAUGCAUGUGCAGUCCUGGGCUUUUGCCAAUAGUGACAAUGUCAUACACCAGCAUAUUCAACCUUACAAUUACAAUGUCAUCAUAGUAAGUCCGACAUCAUUGGCUGUUGAACAACAUAAUGUGGUUCGCCAUUAUGUGAGCUUAGAUGUUCGACAAAGCAGGGCUUUUUCAGACCCUUCAAGCAAUCUUGGGUAA